AUGAUGUUGUUCUUCUUUGGUGGUGGUCAUGUUGCUGGUGUUGUUGUUGUUGGUGGUGUCGGUGGUGAUGUUGCUGUUGAUGCUGUUGGUGGUGCUGAUGCUAUUGGUGGUGUUGUUCUGCCUGUUGAUGUUGUUGUUGUUGUUGGUGGUGGUGGUGUUGGUGAUGAUGUCCCAGCAAGUAUUGAUGGGGAAAAAUUAAGAGAUGAUGAUGCUAAUAUUGGUGGAUUUACUCCAGUUGCUAGAUUUUGUGAUUUUUUCGGAUUUGAUGGUAAUUUUAGUGGUGGUGGAUUGAGUGGUAGAAGAUUUGCUGAUGUUGGUGCCGGUACCUCUAAGGUGCCCUCAUGUGCUUGUGAGUGCACCACUUGCAAGGACAAAAUGAAUAAUUUGAUUAGAAAGGUGGAGGAAUUAGUGCAGGCUCAAGAAGCCACAAACACUUCUAUCCAGAGGUUGAUAUCCAAGAGGGGUAUCAAUCCAUCAAAGAAUCUUUCCUCACCUUAUACUCUUGUUUAUGUUCGGAGGAGGGGCAAAGCAAUUGCCAAGGCACUUUCAUCAGUUAUAUCAAGAAAAUCUGUUUCUACUCCCAGUAAGUCAAUUGAGACUCCUCUUCUUGAUGUUGGGCCAAAAGUGCUAAAGAAGGUGGACAUUUUCAAGCCUGUACAUGCCCAAAGAAAGAAAAAGGUUAAGACUGUAAUCAAAUCCAAAAAGAGUGGGAAAACUAUGUACUCAAUGCAUGAAUUUGGAGCAGCAGACUUCAAGGCUUUGACAAGAAUGAAAAUUUGGUGGGAGGAUUGGGUAAGUUUCAACACUUGUAUAUAUCUAUCUAAUUCAGUAUGUUGUUGUAACACGUAG